AUGCGCGCUUUGAAGUCUACUAACGUCGACCUAAUUAGCACUGAAACCAACGAAACACUGAAGCCUCCAAUUCAGCAUAUCCAGCCUAAUAUUUCGCGUUCUACUUCACGAACACCCUCCGAGUCGCGUGUUCCACCUCCAGUGCAUCCCUCUAUACACUACGGAUCCGAAUCUCCAGUCACUCCCCCAGGAUAUGCGGCCACAACAAAGCCUACAGAAUCGAUCACUUACAUAUUUGAACCAAGACCAGCCGAAAACGCCAUGCUCUUGCGUCCUGCAGAAACAGGUGGACGCGAAGCGCGACCUUCUUACUAUAUCUCUGUCACUUUAAAUUGCUUUACACCCUCAUCUCACAUCACGUCGAUACGCAAGUACGAGCGGCAAGGAGAACUCGUCGGAGACUUCGAGAUAGCUGCAAAGGAAUCAAAAAAUGUCAGCACUGUCUAUUUCCGAGGCUACGAAAAUCCAAUAGAGGAAGUCCUUGUUCCUAGAUUAUUUCGCAACCAAUGGACGUGGAAGCCGACAGAAACACAUUUGGUUCUGUACUGGGACGAUAGUGCAGGUGGAAAUAGUAUCGCAUGUUUUAAAUCCAAGGACAAAACCAACACAAAUCUCUUGGCAAAAUUCAUACCACGAAGCCACAUGCGUAAGCCUGGUAGAGAAAUUGAGUAUACCAAGUUCGAGGUGACCCCUGCAGGACAUGAAGUUUUCGACGACAUAUUGAUAUCGGCGCUGAUAAUCGAACGGUUACGAACAAACGCGUAA